GUUGUGAUUGUUGGUGAUCUUGGAUUUGUAAUCUAUGGGGGACCCGGACAUGGCGAUUCCAGAAUUAGAAGGAGAAGGAAACCUUUUUGCUGCGGCGAAGCAAACUAUGAUGGCAUUAAGAUCAAGAAAGAAUCUUACAGAUGACGAGAGGGAGAUUUUGGGAGACCUCCAUACCCAAUUAUCUACCACAAUCACAAUCGGAGUGAAAAAGGCUGAUGAAAAAAACAAGAUUGAAAGAAGGCUAAAUGUUAUUCAGGAGAAGAUUAUGAGGUGGGAAAGAUAUUGGCCUAUUAUCUGGGACUCCAGUCUUGAUCAAGCUACUGCGUAUCUGAAUGCUGCUGGUGAAGUCCGAAAGCUGACUGAAAGACUGGAGACUUUGUGUCGGAAUGAUGACAGCAAAAAGAAGAUGCUACAGAGGGCUCAAAAAGUUCUUCAACUGGCAAUGAAAAGGCUUGAGGUGGUGUUCAAGCACAUGCUUGUUGAAAACAGACAACCCUUUGAGCAAAACCAUGCAUCUGUUUUCCUAAGCGCUGCCGAUACAGUCUCAAAAAUCUCUCCUGAGGAUUACUUGGUUGAGAACUCAGAUGAUAGAUGUAUUUUUAACAGAAAUUCAGAGGAGUUCAUCAUUGAUUUGGUUCAAUAUGAUGCCAUUUCUGAGCUCAGACGAAUUGCAAAUUUGAUGUUCAUUUCUGGUUUUGGUGAUGAAUGUUCUUUGGCAUAUAUUAACCUUCGAAAAGAUGCCUGGAAUGAGCAUCUCUUCAAUCUUGAAAAGGAGAAACCGAGAAUUGAAGAUGUGCUACUCUCGAAGUGGGACAACUUCAAAUCAGAGUUGGACGGCAUAAAAUCGAAGAAAAAGAGGUGGAUUUAGAAUAUGAAGAUCUUUGUACGUGUCUAUCUUGCUAGUGAGAAAUGGCUCUCUGGACAGAUUUUUGGGGAACUCAGAACGGUUAAUUUGGUUUCUUUGGCUGGGGAUUUAAUCUUGCUGCUAUUGAAGUAUUUUGGGAAAAACAUAUCUAUUCAUCCCCUAAAUCCAGAAAAGCUGUUCCAUAAUCUUGACAUAUACGAGGUCCUGGCUAGUCUUCAUCCAAAUGUAGGUUCUUUGUACUCCGACAAGGAUAUUUCUCGAGUUAGAGUUAACAGUGAUGAGGUUCUAAGGGGAUUGGCUGACUCUGUGAGGCGAACACUUCAUGAGUUUCAGAAUUACAUUGUUACAUACAUGACGAGAGAUUCUUUUGCGAACAUUCUAUCUGAAGGAAUUCAUCCUCUCACCAAAUAUGUAAUGAAGUACAUCAGUACUCUCGCUGACUACAGCGAGACCCUUAAUUUUCUCCUCAAGGACUAUGAUGGGGAAGAUUCCAUGUUAGCAUCCCCUUGCAAGAGUUCAGAUUUGGAAGAAGAGAACAUAAGUGGAAGCACAUGCAACUUUUCCCCAAUCGCUCACUCCUUUCGAUCAAAUGCCUCAAUUCUAAAGUGGCUUUACACUGGCUCCCCGAUGAGUUCAGCUAUGCAAGAAGAGAGCAUAAGUGGAGACACAACCAACUUUUCCCCAAUUUCUCUCCAACUGGGAUCGGAUGCUUCACUUCUAAAAUGGCUAUCCAAUUGCUUCCUGCUAAGUUCGGCUACAGAGGGAGAGAGCAUAAAUGGAGGCACAUGCGACAUUUCCCCACUGGCUCUCUACUUUCGAGUGGUUGCUUCCAUUUUAGAAUACGAGCUCUACAACAGGGCCAAGGCAUUUAAAGAUGCUUCUUUACAGCACAUAUUCUUGAUGAACAACAUGCAUUACGUGGCUGAAAAGGUGAAGAAUUCAGAACUUCAGUUCAUACUUGGAGAGGAAUGGAUACGAGAGCACACCAAGAAAUUCCAACAGCUUGUGUUGAACUAUGAGAGAAUUACUUGGAAUCCAAUCCACAACAUACUGAAUGACGAGGGGUCAAAUUUUGUCUCGAAAGCUCUUCUCCGGAAAAGGUUGCGAAGCUUUUACCUUGCUUUUGAAGGGGUUUGCAGGACCCAAACAACAUGUUCUAUCCCUGAUACUCAACUUCGAGAAGAUUUACGCAAUUCAGCUCCCCUCAAAGUCAUUCAUGCAUAUAAGAAAUUUGUUGAACUACAUGCCGAUCACAUAAGCAGUAAGCUCAUUAAGUACAGCAAUUUACAAAAUCGCUUAUUGCAUCUCUUUGAAGGCUCAAAAUUAGGAUGAUUUGUUAGCCCCCACAGGAGAUGACAGAAAGAAUGGAACUUUCUUGUCUAUUAUUUCCAUGUUACCUUGUUCCUCCUUUUCUCCCUUCAAAUUUGUAUUUUGAUAACCUAAUCAUAAAACCACAACAAGCUUGUAUUUUGAUU